UUGUUUCACCAAGGAAACAAGACAGUAAACUUUUCUGUCUCUAGGUCCAGCCUCCUUUGAAGCAUGAGUUCCUACCAGCAGAAGCAACACAACAUCCCACCUCCCCAGCUUCAGCAGCAGCAGGUGAAACAGCCCCAACAGCCUCCACCUCAAGAAUCAUUUGUUCCCAUUACCAAAGAUCCAUGCGAAACCAAGGAUCCACAGCCUGGCCACACCAAAGUUCCUCAGCCUGGCCAAAUCAAGGAUCCACAGCCUGGCCACACCAAAGUUCCUCAGCCUGGCCACACCAAGGAUCCACAACCUGGCUACACCAAGGAUCCACAACCUGGCCACACAACGCUUCCAGAGCCAGUUCACCCUCAGGUCCCUCAGCCUGACCAGCCUGAGAUCCCUGCGCCAUUUAUUCCAAUGGUUAUUCCAGGCCCAUCCCAGCAGAAGACCAAGCAGAAGUAAUGUGAUAACAGCCAUGCCUUGAAGAGCCACCAAAUGCUGAACACCUUCUUCCCUUCUGCUUCUGUGUCUUAAUUAUCUUGUAAUCAGGAUGUUCUCACAAUCAGUUAGAAUCUCUCUCUUAUCUGCAUCCUAAAAAUAUAUUCUAUGAGGCUUUUCUCGAACACUCUGAAGGCUCUCUGAGCCUUUGAAUUAUGCUGAGGGCUUAAGUGGCUUUGCUGGUCCUAAGUUGCUCAGGUCUCAUCUGAAGAGUUGAUCUGAUCGAGAAGAAUUUCUGUUCCUGCUCUGCCACCAUUAAAUGAAUUUAACACCA